AUGAGCCAAGCAGAAGACCAAUUUUCACGUGUGAGGUCGACAGUAAAUGUCGGAAGUAAUAAGAAAUCACUACUUUUCGUACAGGACAGUACCAUGUUAAUUAUAGGCCUUGGAGCGGGAAUACUACAAUUAGAAUCCUUGAAUGGAUUUCUGAUGUUUGCUAUUUGUUACAUUCUUGUUUCAAUCGUCUUUGUUCUUUGGCUUUGUGAGGGGAAGCCUGGAAGAUUUUUCGAAAAUCCAAUACAGGACAUCUUGAUGGACUCGUUCUUUAGAGAAUUAAUGGGGUUCAUUAUGGCGUGGACCUUUUCAUAUGCAUUAGUUGGAUAA